AUGGCUGUCGCGCCAGACUCCGCCUGGCCCCUCGUAUCUGCCACAGGUCUCCUAGCACCAAUCUGUCUACUGGCCUACUUCUGUUUCCGAGUUUACUGUCUUGCGUACAUGCAAGUAGUCGGACGAUAUCAGCUAGGCCUAGCCUGGUUCUUCGUUGUUGUAGAACUGUUCCAAUAUCUCCCUACUAUCUUGCUCUACUUUAACCGCGUUUUUAUCCUACAGCGACCUAGGCGUCCAAAGCUCCAUCCUGAAGGCGAUGAUGUUCCAGUGGUAGCCGUUCUCAUUACUGCGUGUGGAGAGGACAAUGACACCAUCCUCAAUGUUGUCAGGGCUGCAUGCGAGACGGAUUGGCCAGCGGAUCGCCUUAGUGUGGUCUUGUGCGAUGAUGGUCGGUCUAGAGAGUUAGAGGAGAGAAUGUUGUAUGUAUCGCGAAAGUAUCCACACGCACACUAUACGAGCCGUGAGGAACCAGAAGUGCCCGACUAUAAAGCGGGUAAUCUGAACAACGGAUUGAGGUUCAGCGCAAAGCUCACAGAGCUUCCCUCACCAUUCGUCGCAGGCUUGGACGUUGACAUGAUAGUCCAACCAAAUUGGCUACGCGCCAUGAUGCCGCAUCUUCUCAACAAUUCCAAGAUGGGCAUGACAUGCCCGCCACAGUAUUUUUGGAACAUCCCACGCAAUGAUCCGGUCCGGCAAGAUCUCGAUUACUUCUAUGCCGUGACGGAGCUCAUCCACGACGGACUAGGCGCAGGCGACUGCGUUGGAUCUGGGUAUCUGGCACGCAGGGAAGCGAUAGAAGACAUUGGUGGCUUUCCUACGUAUUCGAUUAGUGAGGACACGGCGUGUAGCUCCAUGCUCCUCGGGAAGGGCUGGUCGGUAGCUUAUAUUGACGAGUACUUGCAGUGCGGUGAGAUGCCGGAUACCCUUUCCGGCCAUAUCAAACAGCGGACCAGGUGGACCAUUGGCAACGUGCAGACGGCGUCCAAGAUCAACUUCCGUCUUUGGGGCCCGACAGCCCCUUUCUGUAGCGCCCGCCAACGCCUUGCCGGAUUCGUUUUCGGCGCGGGAUCUGUUAUAAAUAGCGCUCUAAACUGGCUCGGCUAUAUCGGUCUUCCACUCGCUCUACUGGCUGGGUAUCCCUUCGUGGUUUACUACGAGCGUUGGCAACUUGCCUGGCUUCUGCGACUCGUUUGCAUCUGGAUCUUUGCCGAUACGGCACACAAGGUAAGUUUGGCGCUAUUUGUGGGGUAUCGAGAUGCGAUGCGCUGGGACCAAGCCGAUGUUUGGCUUGUUCCAUACUACGCGCUGUCCCUUGUUCGCGGUAUGAUACUUCCCAAUCGUUUCGGUGGGACAAAGCCUGGAUUCACCCCAAGUGGAAGUUUGUCCUCGAAGAUCAAAGAGCGUGGGCCGAAGCCUUCGGGGUUUCUCGGCCGCUUUCGAGCCAUCUUCGUGCAACAGAUGGUUUGGGUACACGUCUGCUUCAUUCUGGCUUGCGUCCUCGGUGUCGUACUAAACAUCGUACGCUGCUUUGAUCCGACAGCUCAUAUUCGCACUGCGUACUCGGCAGCUGAGGUCGUGCUCUCAGGUCACGACCGAUGGAUAUUUCUGCUGACCAGGAUCGGAUGGCCACCAGUGUGGUGGCUCGGACAGCUGGUAAGCUGUUGGAUUCCAGUGAGCUACCUUUUCUGGCCACCAAACGAAGUUACCGCAGACGAAGCCUUACGACUGGAUGAGAAGAGUGGGGUACGAUACCCAAAGCAGGAGUACUCUCGCCCUAGGAGAGAAAACAUGGGAAAGCCAAGCGAUCAUUUGACCAUGUUGGUCUUUGUGUAUUCUGUUGUGUGUUUCGCCGGGUCAUUCUAUAUCUAG